UCGAAUUUGACGGCUUGCCCCAAAACGAAUAAGAGAUAGUCCCAUUUAAGAAGAGAAACGCGCACAGUCCGUAUCGUCAAUAUAUAUAUAUAUAUAUAUAUAUAUAUAAUAUAUACAUAUGUAAUAACAUUUUGUAAAAAUAGAAAGGGUUCAAAAAUGGUAAAACAAAUUGAAAAAGAAAAAAAAUCGUGCAUACAGUUACAAUGAUUGCGAAUUUCAAAUGCAAAACGCAUCGCAAUGACCAAAUUAAGUAAACAUAAACAAAGUUCAUGGUAUGCGUGUGUGUGUGCGGGUAACGCUAAUGCAUUGUGAUGAAGAAGCAGAAAAAAAAAUUCACACAAGGAUAGAACUUUUGUCAGUGAUAAAAUAGAUCUAGAAUUAAUCGUCAAAUUUCUUGAAAAAGAAAUUUUUUGAUAGUGCUUUUAAAAUUGCCAAAAGAAACCACAACAAUUGUCUAAAUAAAUAAAUCGAGAGAAGAAAUACGAAAGAAACUCAUAUACAAAACAAAAGUCAGUCAGUCAAUUCGAUAAGUGCUCGGUUCAGUGAUUUUAUUGCAUCGAAGUCACUCAAAAGUAAAAUAAUAACAAUAGGCAAUGUGACCAGAGAGGCACACUAUAGAAUAGUGUUUAAAAGAAAAACAGGGACAGAUAAACCAACCGUGCACGAGAUAGAGAGAGAGAGAAGUAAAUUGAAAAAUCAUUGAGCGCAAAAAUAGAAUGGGGCUAAAAUCGGAACUUCGAAUGAACUAUAUCGAGCAAUUGAAAAUUUGCUUAAUCGUAUUUUGUCAAAAGUAAAUUGUGUGUGACAAGAGAGUAGUAAACAGUAAUUGCAAGACUGUGUCGCGAAUAAAAACGACAAUCACAUAUAGAUACAUAACACCGACUUGGAAAAUCACAACAACUAGAGAAAAGAAACUUUUUAAAAAAAAUCAACAACAACCACAGAAGUAAGUGUCGAAACGAUUUUUCACCGUGCCGAGGCCUCGAAUUGUGAGUGAACGAUCGGAAUUUUAUGUGAAGCAUAAUUAAGACGAAGGAAAAACACACACACAUACACACAUAUGACAUUUAAACAAAGUACAAGAAAGAGAGAGAGAGAAAAAAAACACAUAAUUUCGGGUUGACACAUCGGACAAUGCACCAAUACACACAGUAGCCAACAACAAUAUACACCUCAAUAACACAAGGCAAUUUAUCUGUUUGCCAAACAGCAUAAUCAUUAAGUAACUAAAAAGGAAAGACAUACAUACUUUUAAAAUAAAAAAAAAAAACAAACUUAGUCCAUUGUUGUUAUUAUUAUCAUAAAUAGCAGAGUCGUUUUGUCGUUUAAAUAUAUCGCUAAUUUACAUUUCACACACGAUUACGGAAUUGUGUAAAUCUGAAAGAAGAAACAACGAGAGAAAGAUCCGAUCCAUUUAGUUCCGACAUUUAUUGGUUCGCAUGUGAUUCCGUCAAAUGAAACAAGAUAUUAAAAAAACGCAAAUAGUUAAUCGUCUCACUUGAAUUGCUUGGGGGGACAUAGGCAAAGAUUGUCUUGCUAUUGCUCUCUGUCUCAUACAUCAAAAGUUAAAAAAGGCAAACGUGUUUAUAUCCAAAAUCAUCAUUCGGUUCGAAGCACAUGAAAAUACAGAAAUAUGAAAUAAAAUAUAAAAUAAAAAAGAUAUAUUUUGUGUGAAUGACAUCACUGUGUGCACGGAAACACACCGCAACGACGACAACAUCAACGACAACGACGACGGUGUAUUAUUGCGAAGAAAAGUGCUCAUCAUUUUGAGGACAACUCGUUUGUUGAAUUGAUUGUUUUGUGUGAUGUGUAGAUGACAACACGUAUGUUAUUUUUUUUUUUGUGUGACCAAACAAAAUUAGUGACAAUUAAUUAGAGUCAAGUCAUUUUUAUUGCACAUACGUAAUUCAACUCCAAUUCAUUUGCGCGAUACCAUAUAAUAAAUGUGGCAUAUUUUUUUUCUACGUCUCUUCUUCCCUUUUUGGUGUACAUGAAUUGUUGUGUGUGAAUAUAUGUAGCUGCGGUUCUCAUCCAAUUCAAUGCACGUUUGUGAGCUUAAAAGAAAUAAAAUAGAGAGAAAAAAAUACCAACAAAUAGCAACCUGUAAACGACCAUUAAAUAGAUACUGUAGAGAUAAAUUUAUCGAGAAACAAGACGAACAUAUUCGAGUUACACUGAAUCGGCAAAUGCGAAACAAAACCAGAGCAAAAGAUGAAUUACGGCUGCUGUGAAUAGUGAAUUUAUUGCAUUGAAAAGUGUUGAUGACAUUGAUUACAAAGUGUGUGAGUACCCUUUUUUUUCAUCAAGUCAUCAUCAAGUGACGAAGUGUGUGCUGAAUACGAGAACUCAUGGAACUUUCAAUUGUUACCUUGCACUUUGCAAACUGAUCGCGCGCUGUCAGAUUAUUCGGGUCUGAGUGUAUGUGUAUGCGGCACGUUUGUGUGUGCGAGUGAAUUUGGUAUGCGAAACAAGCAAACGAUAUACAUGCAUACCAUUGAAAAUACCUUUUGUUUCGUAUUUUUAUUUUCAAUUGUUCACUUGUUUCUUGUAUGAUACGUUUUUUCUGCUGCUCUCUCCCUCUCUUAUCGCUUGGCAAUGAAAUAAACUCGAAUUGAACUCGAAGAUAGCACACAUAUUUUGAGUGCAGCGAAAGCAAUUAAUGUUGAUGUGAAUCGGAUCAAACUACUGCUUUGAUUUCAUGUAAGAAAUAGAUUUUCCCAAAAAAAAAAAAACAAACAAACACGAAUCACGAAUAACAAAUAAUAAUUGUAAAAUGGAUGAAACAAGUGCGGGCAUUCAGCAAAUAUCUAAAAAUGAUAAUAAUAAAGCGAUUGAAGUCGGUUGUGGUGUUAAGUGCGAGCCAACUAGCACCGCUAUGGCUGACAUUGAAAAUCAAUCGGAGAAAUAUGAUAUUUCACCGGAAAAUUUGGAAAAAAGUAGCUAUGAUAAUACACCAAAUGAUGAUUUAUCAACAACCAGUGUUAGUGGAAUGACAACAACCACAACAAACAACGAAACAACCAGCUCAAAUUCAAUAGCCGAUGAUAAAUGCAACAAAUCAAUGGACAAUAAAAUUGAAACCGCCAAAAAUAAAAAUGCCGCCGGAUUUGCAUUUACAAUUGAUUUUAAUGAUGGUAAAACGGUGGACAAUCGUAAAAAAAAAGAGAUUGCCGAACGUUUUCAACAUCGACAACAGCAACAACAAGAACAGCGUCGACAUCGACGAGGUGUAUCAUUAUCAAAAUUAGAUGAAUCAAGAAAGUCGUCAACAUCGUUAAACAAUAUGGAUAAUUGUCAAUUAUCGGUCGAUGAUUCAAAUGUUUCAACAACAACGACAAAAACGACGGCAAUGGCCACAAAACCACCAUUCAAGCAACGCAUUAACAACAAGCAACCAAUUGCCAAUGAUGAUACAAAAAGUGAUGAAAAAUGUGAUACAAAAGUUGUGCUACGACGGCCACGGCCAGCGGCUGUUCAAACACAAAACUGCAAAGACUCAUCGAAACGGCAUAGUUGGAGUCCACGAUCAAGUUUAAAUUAUGAAAAGAUACCGCAGAUGCCUCAAGAUUCAAAUCCAAAAGAUGAACCAACAAAAUUCAUUGAUAGCACCGUGAAUGCCAAUACCACAACAGCCACUACCAUCUCCACCACCGUCAUUAACCAUUCAAGCGGUUUUCAACCAAAAUCAACGAUUUUACAGCGUGCUUUGGAAGGUAAUAACAAUAAUAAUAAUUCCAUGCGGCCAAUGACAAACAUAAAUAGUUCAAAAUCAAAAGUGGUAACCGGUUCGGUGAAAAAAGCGACAACAACGAUUAGAGAUCAUGUUGUAACGGCACCACUGGAAUACGUACGAAAUUCAGAUGACGAAGGAUCGAUCGGUGAGGCAAGUCAAGCCACCUACACACUUGACGGUGACAAUUAUACCGAAGAAGAAAAGGAGCGCAUGAGCAUUGACAAAUUAGGAAAGAGAAAUUUUGAUUUGUCUAUUGAUUCAAGAUCAAGGCAAAAUGACCUCAGCAAAAAUUAUUCGUCGGCUUUAAAAAAUGCGCUGCACCAUUCAUCACGUAACGACAUAAAAAUGGAUAUAAAACAACACAAUAAUAAACGCGGUUCUAUCGGUGCUGUCGAACGUGAUCAAUUAACAAAAGCGUCAUCAAAAUCAUCGGCCAAGUCCUAUUUAGAUAAGAUUAAAACACGUGUCAAGACAAUUGGCGAUCGUACAUUUCACAAGAACAGUGGCAAAUCGAUAACAACAAUCACACCGCCACUACAAACACCAGCACCAGCAGCAACAACAACAACCAACGAGAAAUUAAUGAAUUUACAAGUGGUGCGUACAGACGAUUCGUCGCCCAUUGACACAGAUCAUGGUGUAUUUACAAGUAUAACAGCAUGUGGUGUUCUAAAUAAACAUUAUCAAGAUAAUAAUAAUAUGUCAGCGAGCGGAAAUCGCAAACAAAGUCUGACCAAAUUUCAAAUCGAUAGUUCGGAAUAUAUUCAACCGAAAGUUGAUGAUACACUCAUGACUUCAUAUACGGAUUAUGAGAAAGCCAAACACAAUGAAUACAAAUUAAAUAUUUUUUCAACUGUUUCAUCGUACACAUCGUCUGGGACAUCGCCCGUUCAUACCGACGAUGAUAAUUUAAGCGUUGAAUGUGUUGAUGAUAAACCAAUUACAAUAAAAACCGCACCAACGAAAAACGAUUGGAUUCAAGAAUGGGCGAAAAAUGCACGGCGUCGCAAUAAUUUGUUGGCCAGUUCAGCAACGGCAUCGCCAAAAAUACAACAUUAUUCUAAAACCGGUUCGCAGCGACCACACUUAGCACAUUUACAUGGAAAAGAUGAUGAUCGGAUGUCACAAAGUUAUGACACAUAUUUUAAUCAUAGCGAACAAUUUGGUGAUGAUGUAAUCGAAAAUAGCAGCGAUGAGUGUACAGCGCACACAUCACGAUCCAUCGGACGAACCAAAACAAUGAACGCAAAGACUGAAUUUGGUGAUCAAAAAUCAUCACCUAAUAAUGUGCUUCGACCACCAAUUAGCCCAACUAAAAUACCAUCACCAAUGCAUACACAGUUACGGGCAAGAAGUUCGAGCGCCAAUAGAAGCUUUCGCAAUAGCAAUGCAGAUCUCGAAAAUCUUGACACCGAAAUGUACUUAGAAAAAACAGCCGCAGCAAUAUCUUCGCUGCAAAAAAUUCACCGAAAGAAUAACUCACCGCAAAGUCCAUUAAGUCCAAUGCGAAAAGCAGCGCCAACAGAAUUUACCACCGCCACUGUAAUGUCGGCACGCAAUAAUUACGAAAAAUCGGUUAACUUACGUCCGUUGCAUUUACACAAACGCAAUUUAUCGCUAGAUAUUUCGCAUAAUGCAACAACAAAACUAAAUAAUAAAAAUCACGAAUUCUACGAUUCAAAUGGAAUGUUAAAUGCACAGGAAUUGAAAGAGCAGCUUAACAAACGACACAUUCGUCACAACUCCUAUGAAAAUAAGCAAAUUCAAUUGCCCAAUUCAAAGCAUACGAAUAUCGAUCAAACAAUGUCACGUGUAAAACUUAUCGAACAACAACGUUUGCUAAAUAAUUACUUUGGUGAUUCGGAACAUGCGCGUCGCGCAAGCUGCGGUGAUAAUACAAUGGGAUCACCAAUACGCCGUUCAAGUUCAUUUUGCAAUCGAAAUAUUGUAAAUAUAAUGCCAACGAAAGCAACCACACCGACAGCUACGAAAAAGCUAAUGAAUCGCAUUAAUUUGGCCACAAAUAAUAAUGCACUACAGAAAUCGGCCAGUAGUUCAAGUUUCAAGAAAUUGACCGCGUCAGCAACGUUCCCACAACAAUACAAUCAAAAUGAAAAUGAAACAUAUUAUAUAAAUGGUCGCGAUAAUUUGCAUACCGAUCGUGAUGAACUGAUUUAUUCGUCCGAUGAAUCGAUGGACGAUGCAAACAGUAUGACUGGUGAUAGUGGCCGCUAUGAAUCAGAUCGACAACAAUCCGAACCACCAAUUUCACAUACACGAUAUAAUAAGGCGUUUCUCAUGCGAAUGGAACAAAAUAAACAAAUUGCGAGCGGCGGAGGUGGCGGCAGCGGCGGCGGUGUUGGAGGCGGAAAUAAAGGUGUGGUUGCAUGUCCAAAUACACCAGAAAUGCCAAGACGGGCCAGCAAUCAAAGGGCAUCAUUCCGUGAUCCAACUUCAAUGCCACGCGAUUCAAGCUUAUCACGAAUGAAACAGGACCUACCAAAUUUACAAACAACGAAAAAAGCACUCACACAAACCGCAUCGAAAGAUAGCAGCAGCAGCACAAGCAGUCUCAAUAAACGAGUUCUUCCAAAGUACAUGGACAUAUCGAAGUACAAGCCGGUACAAGGCCAAUCCUUUUUGAAGCGUGACGAAUCGAAGAGCACAUUAAUCAAUCGCAAUGAAAUUCGUAAGAGUCCCAGUGCAAUUGGUCUAAGCAAAGGUGAUCCAAUGCGGACAAGUGGUCGCGUUAAAUCGGCUGGAGCUAAACCCAGCACACCUAUUAUUUCGAAAGAUUCCAAGGCUCGCGAGCAAGAGUUAGCAAUGUGGCGACGACGUGCCACAUACGAUCCGAUGAAGGCUGCGGCAGAAGGACGCAAAAAACAAGAAGAAGCCAAGAAAGUGGCACAGUCAAGUAAAUUCAGCGAUAGCAGUGCGGUACUUCGAUCGCAAUCGUUUCACAGUGGCGUUGGGCAAUUUAAUAAUCUCCAACUGCGGCAGCAAUUUAGCGAGGAUAGCUUUAAUAAGAACCGUUGGACUGUGAUGUCAACCGAAUCAAGUGACGAGGAAGAAUUUGGCGAAAACGCAUAAAAUACAACAUAGAUAACUAGUAAUAUCAACAAAUAUUGAAGUAAAAUGGGAAUGCGCCCAGAUCAUUGAAGCGAGAACCAUUUUUUCCGGCUCAUUUCAAAUCAUUAUGUUAAUUGUCAUAUUUCUUAAGUUGUUUUUUUUUCUCUCUUGCGCUGUAACACUUAUGAACAUUGACGUUUGUUUUCCUUUUGAUUAGUUCAAAAACCGGUUCGGUUAGAUGUAGGAAAGAGAAAAGGAAUAUUUAAAACGUAAUUCGUUAUUCGUUGUGAAAAUAUUUUGUAGAAGAACAUUAGCGAUGUAAGUGAAAAUGAAUUUUAUCGCGCGUAUGCGUAAAUCACAAGCUAUUUUUUUGUGGAAAUGAUUGUAUUUAAUUAGGACUGUUUUAGAUGAAUUGCAACAUUUUCAUUAAGUAAGUGCGACAAAUGUCCAUUUUAUUUCGAAACUCAAAUGUGAGUUUCACGGCUGUUAGUAUAUUAUUUUUUGUUGUUGUGGAGAUGCAAUAUUUAUGUGACUCAUUUUUAAAGAAAAUGCACCACCACGACAGAAAUUGUAAGAAAACAAGAUUUCUUCAUUUUGUCAAUUUCCCGAUUCAAUUUUUUAUGAGUUCUUUUCUCUCACACGUUUAAUAAUAAAAUUACCAAAAUUAAUUUGCAUUCAGUUUCUUAGAAACACAUUUUUAUUUCUACAAUCUCGUAGAUUAUAUAUCGGAUUUACUGGAAGUAAUGUGUAAUAAUUUGAAUAUAAGGCUUAAUUUCUCAUAAUGAUUAGACUUACAGUUUAAGAGUGAUGAUCGCAGUAUAGAUCCACUAGUGCUACGAAAUUAAAAACCGUCCUUUUUCUUUUCGUUUUUUUUUUUUAAUUCUAUUGAACAUUUCAAUUUAUUUAUCGUAUGAAAUUGUGAGAAAUUCAAAUCAUUACAUCAUUGGAAAUUUAUUGAAAUAAUUCGAAAAUCACAUGUCACAUGUGAAUGUGUGUAUAUUAUUUAAAUUGCUAUAUAUAUGUAGGCGAAAGAGUACGCUCUUAAAACGAUUUAUUGGAUUUUUAAUUUGAAAUUGUAUUUGAAACAAAAACGAAACAAUACGAUUACAUUCUAAGUUUGAAUAUAAAUGCGGUGGAGAAUGGAAAUGAAAAAAAAAACAGCAAUAUCCAAACAUGGCACUAAAUUUUUAUCAAUAAAAUGAGAAAGAGAAAAUAAUAACAAAAAUCAAAAUUUGGUCGUAUUGAAAUCACAAAUUCUCAAUUAUUUGGAGAUAGAGUGAUGCAAAACAUUAUUUAUGUUGGUACCAAAAAAUGAAUGCUUUUCAUCGGCAACAACAAAAUUUAUUCUUAUUCGGUCUUGUGCAAUAAAUUCAGAUUCGAAUGUUAACACUUACAUUUAAUAUAACAAAAUUUCAAAAAUUUGAUUUAAAAAAAUGUUUAUUUAAACCAUGUUUUAUUCCAUUAAAUAAGGCAACAACAUUUCAACACAUCCAUUUGUCCAUAAAUGAUAUAUUUUCAAGUGUAUCAAAAUCAUAAACAACAGAACAUAAUUUUCACAUUAUUUUAAUUUUUGUUUUCUAAGCGAUAUUUUCUCCGAGCCAAGUCUUGUGAUUCAAUUCGGCUAUAGCAAUUUUUUUAUUGUUCUAUAAGAACAUCAAUUAUUCCUAUAGUAAGUGAACAUGGAAAUUUGCGUGGCAAUUUUUAAUUUAAUUCAGAAAUUUUACAGUUUUUUGAUAGAGUAAAAUAUAGCCUAUUUUCAAAGUUCUCUAAUUCUCAAAGAUUUAGUCUAAAACAAAGUCGCUGGAAAAUAUAAUCAAGAAAUGAAGAUCUAUUUAUAAUUUUCAUUAUAAAAAACAAAAGAAUUUUAUCGAAUUUUCAUGUCAUUCUUAUUCAAUUAUUCAAGUCACUGCAAUAGGUCUAUCCAAUAUGUGUAUCAUCAUAUUUAUUUUGAUUCAAGUUUUUUAAGAGUAAAAUUGAAGUAUUUCGACUAUUAUACAUUAUUUUCAUUUUUAUUACCUAUUUUAGUCGCAGCAAUUACUAGAAUUAUAAUAUAAAACAUGCGCAAGAUUUAACUGUAAAGAACUUACAGAAAAUUAUUAUUAUUGCGGAUUUAUCUCUGUUCUUCCCCGAUUCAAUGGAAAAAGCAUCCGUUAUUUAAUGCAACGGACAGAGUCAGAAAACUUAAGAAAAAUAAAACGAAGCAAUGAAUAAAAAAGAGCCCUUGAUAAAAAUGAAC